UUAGUGAUUAAUUGAAAAAUUAUAAAAAUAAAUGCUUGAAUAUAAAAUAAAAGAAAUAAAUAAUUAAUAAAUAAAAAUUACCAUAAACCGUACAAUUAACAAGAAAAAUCACAAAAUUAUAAAAAUAAAAAAGAAAAACUAUUAAACAUUCCCUUUAAAGAAAUCAACUUUACACUCAAGCAACAAAAUGCCUCCCAACUUUGAAAAUAUCUCCGUUAUUUCCUCGCCAGCAACUCCAUAUAAUUACAACAAUGCCACAGCAAAAGAACAGGAGCUAUUUCAAGAUUUCUAUGAAAUAAGCAGUUUAGUUCGCAUAACUGUACCAUUAUGUUUUGGAGUUAUUGCUUUAACCGGUUUCUUCGGUAACAUCUUAGUCAUAUUGGUCGUGUGUCUGAAUAAACAAAUGCAUUCAACAACAAAUUUAUUAAUUGUUAAUUUAGCUGUAGCCGAUUUGUUGUUUGUAAUAUUUUGUAUACCUUUUACCGCGGCCGAUUAUGUGGCAGACUCAUGGCCUUUCGGUGAUCUAUGGUGUCGUACGGUACAAUAUUUAAUUGUUGUUGCUGCAUUUACGAGUAUUUAUACAUUAGUUCUAAUGUCUAUUGAUCGUUUUUUGGCGGUGGUACAUCCCAUACGUUCGCGUAUGUUGCGUACCGAAAAAAUUACCAAGAUUUGUAUUGCUGCGAUUUGGACGGUAAUUUUACUUGUGUGUUUGCCAGUGGCUUUUACACAUGGAGUAGUGCUAAUUCUACUGUUAAAAGCCCUUUAUAUAUACCAUGCCGAUACCAAGUUUACCGUGAUUUUACAAGUUGUCGCACAAACACUGGCAUACGCGAGUUCCUGCAUAAAUCCGGUACUUUAUGCUUUUUUAUCGGAUAAUUUUCGUAAAGCAUUUCAUAAGGCCAUAAAUUGUUCAAAUCGUUUUCAAAAUUAUUCCUCCGAUUUGCCACCAGCUCGAAAAACUUCAUAUGCCCGAACAUCAUCUACAGGUUUUUAAGUAUUUUUUCUUUCUUUUUCAAUUUAUCGAUGUAGUUGUAGUGAUGUAUUUAAUUUUACUUUGCAAGUAUUUGUGUAAAUUUUAUAUACAUAUUACUGUAGUA